GAUUUUAUUCGUGUUGUAUAACCAGACAUUGAUUAUGAGCUCAAGGUUGCAACCUUCACUGGAAUGGAACAGGGUUUGAAAAUGUUUUUUUGCUUUUAUGGCACAAUCUGGUCUUAUGGUUCCUAACUGUGUUUUACCAGAAGCCCUCGUUUUUUAAGAUUUGAUUGCAUUAAUAGAAAUGAACAUUUCUCAGGUGUCACAUUUCACCCUAAGUGCCUACAUUGAUAUCGGCCUGUUUAAGUACAUUGUUUUCCUUUUCCUCAUGUGUGUUUAUAUCGUUAUCAUAUCUUGUAACGUGCUGCUGAUCGUGGUGAUCUGUGUGAACAGGAGCUUACAUGAACCUAUGUACAUGUUUCUGUGCAGCCUGUUUGUGAAUGAACUGUAUGGCAGCACAGGUCUGUUGCCCUUCCUGCUGGUCCAGAUCCUCUCUGAUGUUCACACAGUUUCUGUUCCUCUCUGCUUCCUGCAGAUCUUCUGCCUCUUCAUGUAUGGAAACGUGGAGUUUUACAACUUGGCUGCCAUGUCUUAUGACAGAUAUCUGGCCAUCUGUCAUCCUCUGCAUUAUAACACACAGAUGCAGAUGAACACAGUUAUCAGGCUGGUUGUGUUAUCAUGGUUUCUUCCUCUGCUGAACAUAAUUGUGAUGAUUUCCCUGAAUGCCUCCUCCAGGUUGUGUGGGAACAUUAUUGACAAAGUUUACUGCAUCAAUUACAAUGUCACGAAGUUGGUGUGCAGCGGUGCAGCAGCCAGCAACAUCUAUGGACUGGUCUACACUUUCACUGUUGUCAUCGGUCUUGCUGCAUUGAUCGUCUACACAUACAUAAGGAUCCUUAAGGUGUGUUUUUCAGGAUCCGAACAAACCCGGCAUAAAGCCGUCAGCACCUGCACACCUCACCUGGCCUCCCUGCUGAACUUCUCCUUUGGCUGCUUUUUUGAAAUACUGCAGAGCAGGUUUGACAUGAGCAGUGUUCCCGGGGUUCUGCGUAUCAUUUUAUCAUUAUACUUUGUCACCUGUCAGCCACUUUUUAACCCAGUUGUGUAUGGACUGAAACUUAAAAAGAUAUAUUUGAUGUGUAAAAUUCUCUGCUUUGGUCAGAAAUAACCGCAUAUUUUAACGCUUUUAUGAAAAAUUCAUCAGUAAUGCUCAUCUUACCGUGCAUUUUACUUGCUUCUAAAUAAACGUUUCAGCAACUUGUUCUUGAAUU